AAACCCCCAAACCCUCCAAUCUUGUCGGGUUACGCGCCUCCGGCCCCCAUUUCCAUCCCCACCGGCGCCUCCCUCCUCUUCCCCCCAUCUCCCUCCCCAGCCCACACGGCCUAGGGCUUAUCAAUCCGGUCGCCCCCCGAAGUCGAACCCCUUCCAGGUGCAAACCCUCAACCUCCCCGCCGUCCCGCAUUCCUCGGUGGUGGUGGGACGGUGAGGAGGACUGGAGGAUGCAGGCCACCGGGAGCGUGACUUGGGUCGUCGGCGCGCAGGCGUCCGUCCUAGGGAGAUGCAGCGGCGGGGUGCCGUGCCCUUCUUCUUCUUCGUCCUCGUCGUCGUCCGCUUCGUCUGGUAGGUUCCAGGGGCUUGGCGCGGUGCGGUGCUGCGUGCAGGCGCAGGAUAAGAAGCCGCGGGUGAGGAAGACCAAAGAGGAGCGGAGGGAGAUGGUCGAGUCCUUCGUCAACACCUAUCGGGUAUCAAACAAUGGGAAAUUUCCUUCAGUCAAUCUAACACACAAGGAAGUUGGAGGGUCAUAUUAUAUAGUUCGUGAAAUUGUCAGAGAUAUCAUCCAAGAGAACAGAGUUCUUGGCCCUGGUGGUUUGAAUGCUAAGGCAUUGAGUUUUGAGGAUUCUCCUGAUUCUUCUGAAUUGUCUGCUAGUCAUGAAUUGGGCCAAGACAAUAUAGAGAUAUUGGAUUUGUCUGAUGAGAAUCAAGGUGGCAAAGAUUCUGUGUUGGAAAUGUCUGACCAGGAGGGAGUAUUUUCUCUUCAAAAUAAUGUCAUCAGCACCGAGCAACUAUUGGGCUCAUCUAAUCUCUUGCAGUCUGGUAUUUUGAACAGUGUUGUCCAAAAUGGGAAUGUAGAAAGUGCAACAUGCUUGGACACAAACCUUCAGGAAGAAGAUGAACCGCUGUGUGAAGAACCAAGGGAGGUUGACACUAUUGGUUCUGAAAAGCAAGCCCCUUCAUUUGUUCAUGUCUCUGAUUUGCAUAAAGAUAUUGAGGUAGACAGUUUGGUGGAUGCUCAUAAGAUAGCAACCAGUAGCAUCAUUGAUGAAGUUACAAUUCUGUCAGAACCUAGUACUGUUUCUCAAACAAAUGGGGCACUUCUACAUGAGCAUGUGACAUUACCUGACGUUUGUGAUGACAUAACUAAUAGUGCUGUUGAUGAAGCUAUUCUUUACUCAGAAACUAAUGGUGUUCUUCAAACAAACCAGACCCUUGUACAGGAGCAUGAUAAAUUACCAGAAACUGAAAGUAUCAUGACUGGUGAUGUUCAGCUUAUAGAUGGGCAAUUUAGACCUACAACAUCUGCAAAUCAAAGGGAUGCCUAUGUGUUGAAUACAAGUGCAGAAGCCAUAGACUCCACUCUCUCUGUGGACAGUUGUGACGAGAUUGAGCAACCACUCCUUAAUACCUGCUCUGACGAACAAGAUAAUUUAGAAGGCCUUGAUUCUCAACCAGCACUGGAUACAAAGAAGUUGUUGCAAAAGGAAGACAAACACAGCACAGUAGAAAAAGAUGUAAGCGAAUUCCAGACAUCAAUAUCUGACGUCACACACAAAGAGCGCGAGGCAAGCUAUGUCAACACUGAACAUGCGAUAAGCGCGACAACAGUGACAGCAAGGAGAACUGGGAAUGUACAACAGAAGAAAGAGGACAACCUAUUUUGGCUUAUCAUUAGGGCAUUUGUUGUUUCCAUGUCCAAGUUGUGGGCAAAGUGAGUGAUGUGCAAAAUGCAUCUUCAUCUGGUACUGCUGCCUGGAUGUCUUUCUGUCUACUGUGAAAAGAGGGACGCAUUGUGAAGCUCCAUUUCCCCUGAUGCAUAUAGAUGCUCGUCUUGUGCCACACUUUACGGUGUUUGCUACGGUUGGUUUAGUUUUAUAGCUUAUUAGUGUAGCUCAGAUGUAUCCUUUGGUCAACUUGCUCUGUUGGGGUCAAGUUGAUACGGUGAAGUCUAGAAUCAAUCACUUGUACUUGCUCAUCUGUGAGCUUUCUGAAAGUAGCAAUUUGUUCUCCGACUAAAUUGAGUAUAACUGACUACCCCAUUCUGGGGAAUUUUCUCGAAGUAUGUGAGCUUGUGCUUGUAGCCUUUGAUUG